AUGCCUUUAUUUCUCUACCCUCUGUUGUAUACUCGCAAUAUUUUCUCCCUCAACCCUGUUGCUAUUUUCAUAAUUUUGCAGCUUGACAAGGCCAGAGUUGAUCUCAUGAAUAAAAAUAAUCCUCGGUGAGUUUAGAUCAAAGCGCAAUUUAGGCAGAGUGGAAUGUGAAGGUCAAAUUCAAACGUUCACAUACUAAAGAGAUUUGUGGUGCCCCCCCCCCCCCUAUAAUGACCUACAGAAAUGCUCUUAUGAAAAGUUAAAAUCUUCUGAACUCGUCUCAGAAUGCGUUCUAUAUAGAGACCCUAGAAAUUCAAAAUUUCUCCAGGGGAGCAUCCUAGAAUUUUUGUGCCAUUGGCUCGUGUUCCGAAUCACCCUGGGUAUGCCACUGCAUAAUGUCACUCUAUGUUUAUUAUACAAUGACAAUGUCAAUGACAAUGACGUGAAUGUAUCUCAGAACCAAAGAGAUCAGCUUCCUAAAAGGGGCACGCCCUCCAAAAGUGGCGUCGCCGAUCAUUCUCAUCAGCGGAGUUUACAAUAUCUAAAAGUGAUACUAUUCAUUAUGGUUCUUAUUGUUACUUGUUUAUAUAAAUUAUAAACCUAAUUUAAAUACCUUUUAUAGAUUCAUAUUAAGAAACUAUAUUGCUGAAAAUGCUAUAAGGGCUGCUGAGAAGGGUGACUAUAGUGUUGUAAGUAUAAAUUAUCUUUUUAAACCUUAAAGGAUUAGUGUCACAUCAGGAAUUCGCAGGCUCAAACUCCUGCUGGCGGCCAUUUUUCGGGACGAAUAGAUUAGAUGAUCUAGAAAGUUUUUAUAAUCCGUCAUAUAUUUAAACCAUCCUUUCAUAAUCCUCGCUCUUUUUGUCUGAUUUGUAUCAGAAAUGUGCCAAACAAGGUAUUUUUAUCGCUAUUUGUUGUAUUUGAAUAAAAUGUAAACAAUAACAAAAGCCCGCAAUGCAUGACCCUGACACUAAUCCUUUAACAUGUAGAAAAGCUACCUUAUGGUUCCAUACGCCAUAUGGUUCUUAUGGUUCCAUACGACUGCCUACAGUACCUGCACUGGAUGUUCCUGAGACUAUUACUUUUUUAUAAUUUUAACGAAUAAGACCUUUAAUUUAUACUAAGCAUGCAUGAUUUGAGAUGUUCAGUCAACAUGGCUGAUGCUCGACCAGUUUAGUGAAGAACAAACUGGAACUUUUAGAUCUGCUCCUGAAACUUCCACAGAGGAUUCCUCUGAGUGAAAAAUCAAUUCGGAGAGCACAAUUGUUUACGAUACAUGCAAUGUUCGAAUUGUCAACUUCUAGGAUAAGUAUUCUAAAUAUUGGGCAUUUGGCACGAUAGAACAGGAUGUUGAAGGAUUUUCGUAGAUGAAAACUUCGAGCGAAAGCUAGCUAUAUAUUUUCGAGUUUAGACCUACCCAGGAGUGGUUGCGAAAAAUGCAAAUAUACACUCUUCGGCAAGAAUUAAACCUGUGAAGUCUGUUUCGUUCUCCAAUGUACUGUACCUAUAUUUUCCUGGAAUUAUUUCAAAGAUACAACUAAACUGUAUGGUGUUAUACCAUUUCCAGGUGCAAUACGUUUUAUCGGUGCUAGAAUCACCGUUUUCUGAUGAUGUGGAACCAAUGAUUGAGUCGCAAAGUAAGUCAAGCAUUGAGUCGCAAAGUGAGUCAACUGAAGUGGAGGGUGGAUCAGACCAUAUUGAAUUCACAUUUGACCAUAAAGCACCACGUUGGGCUCACCAACUUCGUGUUACUUGAUCUUCGUAAGCAACUUUUGAAACACGUGGAAUUUAAAGGCUUACUUACUGGUACUAUAUAUUUGCACAGAAACGUGCAUAUUGAAGAGUCUUCUGGAUAUAUGAAUGGCCAUAGGGUCUUCUAAUUUAUUACCUUCGCUAGGAGGUUAUGUUUCAUUCCGCGUUUGUAAGUGUGUCUGUGUGUUUUUGUCUGUCUGUCAGCAUGAUGACUCAAACUAUACCAAACGUAUUAAUACGAAAAUCUGGAACUAAUGGACAUUGCCCAAGGACAAAUUUCUCAAAUUUUGGUUAAAUUUGGAUGAGAAAUUGGCAAACGUUUGCCUUGCUUUGCCGGGCAGACUAAACUGAUUUGAGAGCCUGUUCGCAGGCUAACUAAACUGAAUGCAUGAUUGGCCCAUUGUAUAAUUUAUGCAUGAUACAUAACUUAAUUCCCUGGCGGAGGUAGGUAUAUGCAGUCUUCGAGUGCCCUUUAGCUUAAUAUAGUAUGCAUCAUAAUGCUGUAUUGUUUCCAGUAAGUAUAUUUGAAUAUGCACACGUGUUCAGAAGUUACCAUACCUAUAUAACCAUAAUUUAGAUCUCUUGUACACUGAUCUGUUAUGAAGGCAUUGGUGAAAGCAAAGAAAGCCUUUGCUGGAAAACUGGUUACGAACAAUUCAUACAAUAUAAUGUUCAAGAACUAAGGUUCUUUCCUCAUAAUGUAUAUAUUAAAAUAAAUAAAUUAAAUCACUGGUGUGUGGUAAAGUAGAUUUUUGAUUCAGGCAAUAACACAGU